CGGCAGGCAGAUAACGAGGACUGAGGAAAAGAAAGACACAGAGAGAGACACAGAGAGAGACACAGAAAGAGAAAGAGAGGGUAAGAAAGAAGGAGAGGGAAGCCGGACCAUGCUGAUUUGAUAUUCUACAUUAAUUGCCUAGCAUUCGGUGAACGAACACGGCCGGAGCUGAAUAAGGGAGGGGGGUCCCAUUCCCAAGAGUGUAUGCGUGUGCACAGCUAUGGGGAAGGACUACUACAAGAUCCUGGGCAUCCCCAAGGGCUCCAAUGAGGAGGAGAUCAAGAAGGCCUACCGGCGCAUGGCGCUACGCUUCCACCCAGACAAGAACAAGGAUGCCAACGCAGAGGAGAAGUUCAAGGAGAUCGCAGAGGCCUACGAGGUGCUCAGCGACCCCAAGAAAAGGGUCGUCUAUGAUCAGCUAGGAGAGGAAGGUUUGAAGACAGGAGGCAGCAGCUCUUCAGGUGCCCCUGGCAGCUCAACGUACCACUACACCUUCCACGGAGACCCCCAUGCCACCUUCGCCUCCUUCUUCGGCGGCUCCAACCCCUUUGACAUGUUUUUUGGCUCCAACCGCGGCCACAGCCGCUCCAACGGUUUCUCCUUCCACAAUGAUCACAGCAACGACGGCGAGCAGGAUGUGGAUAUGGAUGAGGAUGACCCCUUCGCUCAUUUUGGGAGACAGUUUGGUUUUCCCGGAGGGAUGAACAACGGCUUCCCGGGGGAGGGUCGCAGGAGGAGGGGGGUGCCGUCAGAGCGCCUGGGCACCGGCCGAAAGCAGCAAGACCCUCCGGUGGUCCACGAGCUGAAGGUCUCGCUGGAAGAGAUCUUCCACGGCUGCACCAAGCGCAUGAAGAUCACCCGUCGCAGGCUGAACCCAGAUGGGCGGAGUAUGAGGACAGAGGACAAGAUCCUCAACAUCGUCAUCAAGAAGGGCUGGAAGGAGGGGACCAAGAUCACCUUCCCAAAGGAGGGGGACGAGACCCCUGAGAACAUUCCUGCCGACAUAGCCUUUGUACUUAAAGACAAAGGUCACGCCCACUUCAAGAGAGAUGGUUCCAAUAUUAUUUAUAACUGCAAGAUCAGUCUAAAAGAGGCGUUGUGUGGCUGCACGGUUAGCAUUCCCACGCUGGAAAACCGCAUCAUCUCUCUGCCCUGUCACGACAUCAUCAAGCCGGGGACAGUGAAGCGACUCAGAGGGGAAGGCCUGCCUUUCCCUAAGAACCCAUCACAGCGCGGUGACCUCAUCGUGGAGUUUUCCGUCCGUUUUCCCGACAGGAUCCCCCCUCAGUCCAGAGAGAUUAUCAGACAGCACCUCCCCCAGUCAUAGGAAGACUCACCACCAACCCCUCCACCACCACACACUCCGGACUAAACCCAGAAAAACAACACUUAACACUCCUUUAUCCAUUCUUCCCUUAUAUUCUGACCCUUAUUGUAGUUAACCUUCCCAUGUCCUGUGUUAAUGCACAUAGCAUUAAACAGAUGCUGUGGUUUGUAGGAACUUCACAGUGGGAGGAUGGAGGAAGAAUGCCAACACAAAUGGCAAAAUCAGGAUGUAAUUACUUGUGUUUGUUUUGUCUUUUGGCCCAAACACACAUACACACACAAGCACCCGAGCAGUGGAGCGGUGCUGAGGAUGGGCUCAGCACAAUCAUGGCUUUUACCUGAACUUCUUUUCUUAACUCUGUUUUUUACGGAUUUAUCAGUGGUUUUAUAUGCUGUCCAACUCUCUGAUCCUCGUCUUUUUGUGAUAGGAUGAAGUGUGAGUAUUUUUUAAAAGAAACAUUUUUUCCAGGAUUUUCUUUUCCAAAGGAGGUUUCACAUAGGAUUAUUUAUUUUUACCUUGAGUGUACCAGCAGCUUCAGUGUGCUCAGUGCAAACCCCAGUUUAAACACAACUCUCCCACUGCCACCUGCUUUUCUCAUGCUUUCAGUCUAAUAAAGCAUUGUGCUUGAAGUCUGUAGGCCGUUUACUGUUUAGUAAGAUUUGUCUCCCCCAUAAUAAGUUGUACUCUGUGCCACAGUGCACUUAAAGUCCCGCAUUACUCCAAAUAAUACUAGCAUAACUCAGCUGCAUUGGAAAAUCUGAGAAUGACAAUCACAUACUGUAAUAGCAGUGUAAGCUUGGAUAAUACAAUCUGCACAUAAUAUGGGUGCUUUCCCUUCUGAGCUCUGUGGCUGCUCUGAACCGAAUAGCCUGGCUCGAUAUCCGAGGAACAUUUAGGUGCCUUAGCCCGGUGUCAUACCACAUGUGAACAUAUACAUACAUACACACACACACACACACACACACACACACACAGAUCACACCCUAAUAUAUACAACCAGCCAUGUUAAGCGUAAAACAGACAACGCCCUAUGCUGUGUUAGACGUGACCACUGGGAGCUGGUGAUCUUGGAAAAACAUCAGAUAAGCAAUGUAAAAUCAAUCACUAUAUGGUACUGUAUGUAAGCAAGGAUGUGUUUUUAGGAAGAGAGUUCAUACAAGACUGAUGAAUUUUGCCAACACGUCCUGGUAAAGUGCCGUACAAGUAGAGAUUGGAUUUCCCAGAGGAAUGUUAGCAUGAAGCUAAUCUGCAGAAAAUAGUGGAUAUUCCUCUGGGAAAACCAGCCUUGUUGUGUAUAUUCUGCUUUUCUCCAGUGCCAUCUAAAGGCCAUGUCUUGGUGCUACUGUGAGCAGUGCCAAAAAUAGACCACCUCAGCGUCUACUUUUUGGUUUCCUCAGUUUGUGAUUUGAUAACUGCUUCUGUCCCUCUAUAACAUCUGUACAUGAAACUACAUGUCUGUUUUUUCAAGUAGAAAACCCUGUUUAGAAAGCAGGUUUUGUAAUAUUGCAGAAGCUGUUCUCUGUCUCAGCUGCAGGGGGUUCUCAAAGCUCUCUUCAGCUCUUCCUACUAUAGUUUACAUCAAAGAUCAGAUGUAUGUAUGAGUAUGGUUUAUACCGACAGCCCUAGUAGGUCAUAUAUAUCACAUGUAUGGGAAAAUGUUUGAAUGCAACAUGUUGAAAAAUGCACUUUUUAUGUCAUAAAAGAUACUGAAUACUAUGAGAUGAUCGGAGAGACUUGAAUGACUUGUCUGAGUGUGUGAGCGUCCUGCCUCUCAGAGUCUCAAGAGGACGCUGGACUGUGGCUACAGCCAGAAUGCACAUGUGCUGCUGCUGCUGAAAGACUCACUGUCACUGCUUAUGUGCAUUUGACAAUAUUUAUGAUCUUUUCAAAACAGAAACAAAUAAACCAAA